AUGUCCUCCUCUACUCCUACUCUAGGCUCUGAAUCACCGGCAUUCUCCAGCUUUGAAGACUAUGCAUCCGGAGACAUGCUCGGUCGCUCGACUACACCACCUCCACCGUCCAGCCCAUUUGCGGAUAACAGAUCACCUACACUACCAUCUACAUCACCCCCUGCACGCAAACGUGCUCGUUCAGAUAGCCCACCACUGAAGGAGAUCGGGUCCGGUGGCUCCGGCCCGCGUACACCCAAGAGGAGGAGGCGCUCUGCAGGCAUCAUAGGACAGGAAUGCUGGGUGCGUUCCUGGGAAGGCCAGUGUCUUUGCAUACUGUGCGAAUCAGAGAGAGCGGAUGCGGAGAUGGAUCGGGAGUUUGCCAGAAUUCGUGCAAGCUACAACGCAUACCGGACACCGUCUCUUUCCCCGCGCCUGACUCUCGAAGACUCAAACACGCUCGCGUCGAUCGCGUCACUACUCAAGAGCCCAGAGCCACCCGUACCCCAGUCCUUGGCCGCCUCGCCUGUUCUCUAG